GUGUUCAAAGCCGGUAUGGAACGGACCUUCUUAUCAAUGACAUAAUUUUAAUUAAACGAAAUGAUAGAUACCAGCGGACACAUGACGCUAAUUGCGACCAAAAUGUCAUCACUGUUACUUGGUUUGACGGCUUUGCUAUUGAUAAUACCUGUUGACUUGGCAAACGCGACUGGUUAUCAGUUUAUGUUCGGAAUCCCACAGACGUUUAGAAAUUCGGAUAAUGUGACGCUGUAUAUUUCAAGCAAAUAUGCCACAAAUGUCUUUGUCAAUGCGCCGAGCAUUGGUUUUACACAAACAAUCAAAACCAUUGCGAGUGAAUCCACUCCAAUAAGAAUUCCCAGCAACAUUGUAGCAACAGCCGUAGGUACUUCUAGCCAACUCGUAUACAUUGAGGCCGAUAAUCCGAUAUCUGUGAACGUCAUGGUAAGGGAUACGAGCACGUCAGACGGAUUUCACGUAGGUCCAUUGUCUGUGAUCUGUACCGAAUUUUUUGUGUCAUCAUACGACCCUAUUACUAACAGCCAGUUCCUUCUUGCAACAAAAGAAGACGAUACCCGUGUAGAGAUAUCUUUUAAAACAAACGCUGGAUCAAUUGCAAUUGACGGACGCCGUUAUAGCGAUGGACAAACAUACUCUAUCACGCUGAACAGAAUGCAAACGCUCAUGAUUCAACACACCCAAGACCUUACCGGAACACAUAUUGUGAGCUCUAAACCAAUAUCAGUCGUAUCUGGAAAUCAGUGUGCGAAUGUGCCUAAAGGUGUAGCUGCCUGUGACUUCAUGAUAGAGAUGUUGCUUCCAGUUCAGCUGUGGCAAAAUGAAUACGUAUGUGCUGCUUUAAAAACAAGAAGAAAUAACCGACUGCGUGUUUUAUCAUCUUCAAAUGGAAAUCUGGUUCAUAUUGGAACUAUAAAUAAAACACUGAAUAAAGGAGAAUAUUUUGAAUACGUAAGUUCUGAAAAUGCACUUACAAGAAUAAUGGGGACAUCUGCAAUUUCCGUUAUGCAAUAUGCGGAGAGCACAGACGCAGAUCAUCAAACUGGCGACCCAAGCAUGAUAACUGUCCCUUCUCUCAUUGGCCAAGAUUCAGAAUAUUUCUAUGAGACGCCCACAUCUCUGGCCCGCCAUUAUUGUUCCAUAACUAUUCCCUCCGACAAAGUUGCGGGACUUUACAUCGAUAGCAGCGCUGUCAGCACCUCUGAUGAACUACGGGCUUCAACAACACAAAAUGGAGCGCUGAGCUUAAUACGACUUGCCGUUACUGCUGGCAAACAUCGUAUAUGGCACACAGAUCCAAGUGUUAAAUUCAGUGUAAUUGUCUACGGUUUCGAUAAUUCCGAAUCAUACGGUUAUCCACUAGAUCUCAUAGCAUACGUACCGUCACUAAAGGAAGUCAUUAAAUCGUCUUGCACAACAACUGCAUGGCAUGUAGACAUAGAUAUGGAAAAGCUGAGAUUACGAAACCCUGGCUCAGUUGCUACUGACAUCUACUUUGGAGACAACUCGUGUUCUGGGCAAGAGAUUGGAAACCACUUGAUUUUCGACCAAGACAUCGAAAGCUGUUUGACAACAACCAAAUCCAACGACACCGAGAUAAUUCACACAAACCUAUUGGUUUACGCCUACCAUGACCCGAAGUUCCACUUCAUCAUACGUAACAUCAACUGGACGCUUGAUGUCAACUGUCACAUUCAAAGGAACCAAUCGGUUGACAGUCACGUGACCUACAACAACCCAACAGGCGGAAAUCAAGGCUCAUUGAAUUCGACCACGUCAUACGUAAUUCAGACACAGUUUUUCAUCGAUCCUAAUUUUCAAAAGGAAAUUUCUGGAAAUCCAUUGGACGUUAAAACUGGUGCUCAUGUCUUCGUGAAGACGUUUGUGCAGAAAGUCGAUUGGACAGUGAAAAUGAGACUGCAUUCGUGUUAUACAGUGCCGACCUUGAACAGCUAUGAUGCCCGUUACUACCUAAUUAAUAACGGUUGUGAAAUGGAUGCCAACACUCACUUUCUGUCACAAACGGACCACGAGACCAGGUUCGUUUUCCAAGCCUUUCAGAUGACCGGACCAGACCCCCGGCUGUACAUCAAAUGUGACGCCACGCUUUGUGACACGUCGGACGUGACGUCGUCUCAGCAGUGCGAUCAGAGGGCACAUUGCACGCAAAAGUAAUCAGCGAAAAUAACGCCUAAUGCAAAAAAAUAAAACAAAAAAUUGUA